GCAAAAAUUUCACAAACCCUAAAAUGUGAAAAAGUUACAGAUUACUAUUGUUUUUACACUGUUCUUUGAUGCGGCCACUAUCCAAGAAAACCCGCCACAUUUUCCCUCCAAAAAAAUUCUGACUCUUUAAUAUUUUUUUUUUCUCUUUCUGUGCCCUAAUUUCGAGAGAGGUUUUCAGCGAUGAGUCCGAACCAUUCUACCGGCAAGGGUGAUCAUGGAAUCCACGCAGAUUUUGAUUACUUAGACACUCAACCAUUCGACGCCGAUGGCGUGGAGGACGAUGAGUGCGAUGACAAGGAAUGGCGGUUCUUCGAAGAUACUGUGCCUUUCGACGAUGACGGCGUUUUGGAUACCGAGGCGGUGGUACUUGCCGGGGAAACUCAGGUAUUUGAUGGCGAUGACGACAUUUUGGAAAACGAAGCGAUGAACCUCGCUAGUGAAACUCAGGCGUUGGGUGAUGGUGAGACGCAGUUGCUGGACGAAGUGUGCGAAUCUGAUAGAACGCAAGUUUUGGAGAAUGUCGAUGAUGAUGAGCUUUCUGUUGACAGUGACAAUGGUGAAGUGGAUAGCGGAAAGGGUAAAUCGUGGCAGCGAAACUGUUCUGGUUCAAUGCCACCUCGGUUUACUUUUCUUCGUGCAGAAUCUUUGCGGCAAGCUGCUCUUGCCAUUCACAAGGUAGAUUCGAAAGAAAAUAAGGAUGUGGUCAAGGGUAAUUCAGGAUGUGAACAAUACCAGGAAUCACUGGUUGUAAAGGAUAAAGGGGAGUCCUUUCUUAGUUUUUCAAAGAAAGUUGAGGGAAUUGUUCAGGAAAAUGAUAGUGGGAAAUAUAGUGUGGAAGUUGGGGGAUUUAAGAGUCAGGUUGCUAAGUCGACAGUGAGAAAACUUUUCAAUGAUGAUGUACCUAUUGAAACAAAUGGAACUUCUCUUAAUGAAGGAAACGACUUAGACAACCUGCCUAUUUACCAUGGUGAUUUGGAAGGGUUAAGCUACGUUGACUCUCAAGAACCUGGAGUAUUGUCACAGGUCAAUGCUCUUGACUUUGUAGAUAGGUUUCUCAAAGAGAAUAUCACAGAGUUUGAUCAAGAAACUAACUGUGUUAAUAAUAUGGAGCAAAAGUCAAAAUCCAUUCCCAGUACAAAAAGGCAACAUAGUUUGGCCAGGACUGUAAAUGAUAGAGGCAAAGCUGCAAGAACUGGGAUUUAUGAAUGGGAUGAUAGCCGUGAGGAUGAGGGUGGGGGAGAUAUAUAUCUAAGGAGAAAGAACGAUUUUUUUAAGGGCGAAACACGUAGGCCAAGGUCGUUGCUGGGAUUCCAGAAGAGGAGAGUAUGCAGACUAAAUCUAAAUGAUGAUAAGAAAAACGAGAGUAUUCCUAAUAAUAGAAAGACUGCAGUUCAUUCUGAUUCAAAACUUGGGAUGAAUAUUCUGAAAGCAAGGGACAAUGUUAUACCAGAAGCAACAAUAAAGUUAAAACGGAAUCUAGCUAAUGAAUUGGAUAAACAAUUUAACGCUGAUUGCUCUAGAGGAGAUAUGGAGCCUGAUGCUGAUGCAGGAGAACAGGAGAUGUUGGAUGUAGGACCAGAUACUCAAAUGGCUGCUGAGGCUAUGGAAACAUUGUGCAAUGCCAAGGAUGUUGUUGAUAAUGAUACUGUUCAUGUUACUCGUAGUGGUUUAACUUAUAAACUCAAUAACUCUUCUACUGGAAAAGUGGGGCUGGUUUCGUCAAAGGAACAUUUGGGACAAUAUGACAGGAAAAGGAAAGUUGAUGUUAAAUCAAUGUUGCAAACUUCAGGUAUAUCAAAGAGAAACACUAAAGAAGUCAGGCAACACACAAAGGAUAGUGUGAUGACUAGAUCAAAGAGGAGUAAGUUAAAUGCACAAGGCAACCAAACCUCCAGUGAUAGUGAAAAUGGUAGAAUAUCCUUGUCUCCAAAAAAUGUACAAAGAAAGUCAGCUCGAGCUUUGAAAAGAGUAGAACUUCAUGAGUUGAAUAAUUCUGACGGCAAAGAAAGAAAAGGUAGUUCAGUCAAUAAAAGGCAAUUGCAGGAUGGUGUUUGGCAUAUUUCACCAAUUGCCUACAGAACUAGACGACGGCUAUCACUAAAUGUAUCAAUAAACCUUGAUAUAUCAUUCAAGAGUUUGAGAGAUGGGAAUAUAGGUAUUGAUUCCCCUGAGAAAAGUGCAAUUGGCCUACAGGCAUCCAAAGCAUUGGAUUCUAAAUCUACUACAGGAUCUUCUGGUCACUGUGAAGUAGGUCAUAAUUCCAAAUUGAGUCAAUUUGGGAAUUCGGCUCUGAAGGUAAGUGUUGUUAGUUUGAGUGAUGGUGUUGAAUUGGAUAUUGUAGAUUGUCCUAAAAGAAGGAGAUCUCUCAGAAUUAGGAAGUUGUCUAACAAUGAUAAAGGAUCCGAUACAUUAGAUUGUUCUUCCAAACCAUCUGCAAAACCUAUAGAUACUGGGAAAUCUACUGCUGGUAAGAGAAAAACGAGAACAGAUUCUGAUGUCAAAUCACAUGUAAAUAGCAAAGAUCAAACUUCUUUGAAGGAUGGUUCAGUAAUAUCUUCUGUUGAUCGAAAACAAGGGAAAAUACCAGAGGUAAAUUUAGAUAAAACAAACCCAUGGGAUAAUGUUAGUAAUUCUGAAGCCACCAGUUCAGAUGAAUCUCCAAGAGAGAGGAGCAGGUUAUCUAACUUGGCAUCUUCAACUCCAUCAAAGUAUAAGAGGCCUGUGAAUGGUGCAUCGCCUCUUAGCAAGGAACUUCAGAGCUUGAGUACCAUUAGACCUGAAUUACUUACUCCAUCUAAAGAUUCAAGGAAGAGGAGGGACAUGAUUGAUGUUCGAGUUCUUUACAGCCGCCACAUGGACAAAGAUAUUAUUAAGCAUCAGAAGAAGAUUUUAGCACGGCUUGGAGUUUCUGUGGUGUCCUCCAUUGCAGAUGCUACCCACUUCAUAGCUGAUGAAUUUGUGCGAACUAGAAAUAUGUUGGAAGCUAUUGCUUUUGGUAAACUGGUGGUCACACACUUGUGGAUCGAGAGCUGCGGACAAGCUAACUGUUUUAUUGAUGAGAGAAAUCACAUAUUGAGGGAUGCAAAAAAGGAAAAGGAGUUAGGUUUCAGCUUGCCAGUUUCACUAGCACGAGCAGUUCAGCAUCCUCUUUUAAAGGGUCGAAGAGUAUUGAUCACCCCAAAUACUAAACCUAGUAAAGAGAUGAUUUCAAAUUUAGCAAGAGCAGUUCAUGGACAGGUUGUGGAGAAAGUAAUGUCGGUUUUGAAGGGCCACACAGUUCCAGAUGAUUUGCUGAUCUUAUCCUGUGAAGAAGAUUAUGCCUUUUCGGUGCCUUUUCUUGAGAAGGGGGCAAUGGUGUACAGUUCAGAACUGUUGCUGAAUGGCAUAGUUACACAGAAGCUAGAGUAUCAAAGGCAUCGACUUUUUGCAGACAAUGUGAAGAAAACUCGUUCCACCGUAUGGUUGAAAAGAGACAACGGAACAUUUACACCUGUGACUAAAUGUGAUUAGAGUGGUUCCACUUCUACUUUUCCUCUUUAUAAUUUGUAGUUUAGGCCAUAUGUAGAUAUUUUCCAACACAUGUCCCACCCCCUCUCCGGUUAAUAUAUUUAUUGUGUAAAAAUCAUAGAAAGGUGAUUUUCCUCGUCUUUUAGUUGACCAUUCCUUUUGGGACAAUUGAGUGAUGCAGAUCGAGGCUGUAAAUCUUAGUGUUAGUGUUUGUGAGAUGAACCAACGUAGCAUGUUGCUCUCGUGGUAUCUCAUGUACUUUCACGCUUUCACAGUAGGGUGCUACAAACGGAAUAGAAAUGUGAUGAAACAAUAGUAUUUGAUUGAAAAAUAUAAGUGUUGUAAAAAAGAUUAUAAAU